GCACGCUCAGCACAUGCGUCCGAGAAAGCAAUUAUGUAUUCUCCUUUGGCUGGUACUACAAUAAAAAUGGUCAACCUGAAAUCAUAGAAUAGAAUAGAUCAUCAUUGACGUCCACGCCUCACCUUCCAUUUAUGAGACAAAACGAUCAAAUUGCCUACAUUUGAGUCGACUGACAUCAGGAGUCGGAAGAACAUUUAUCGCUUUGGGAUGAAUUAACACGGAACUCCAAAGUAAAGUCAGUAUGUUUGCUUUGACAGUGUAAAUAUCAAUCGCGAGCAGGGAGAGCGAGCGCGUCGAUCUUGAACAACUACAGCGCGCGAAUUUUCUAACGUUGAAUUCUUCAAGUGGAGUAGGACACAGAAAGGAGUUUGUCGUCGCCAUGGAGUUGAAUUCAGUGCUUUUGACUGCGGGUGGCUCUAUUGGAUUUUUUAAACUUGUCAACUGUGGUGUCAGUAAACUCCAUAUUCCUAAAACUGCUUGCAGAAACGCCUGGAAAUGGAGAAAUAUCUGCACAUCUUUCACCCACAGUCUGAUAACUGGGAUAUGGGCUGUACUAUGCUUUUUCGUACACCCACAGAUGGCCGAAGAUUUGAUAGGAACCCAUUCUGUGUUCUCGCACACGUUGGUUUCUGUAUCAAUUGGCUACUUCAUCUAUGACUUCCUUGAUAUGGUGCUCAACCAGAAGAUGAUCCUAUCAUGGGAGCUCCUAUUCCAUCACACAGUGGUGAUCAGCUGUUUCGGCAUCACCGUCCUGACCGGUCGCUACGUGGGCUUUGCUGUGGUGGCCCUCCUGGUUGAGAUCAACUCUGUGUUCCUCCACCUGCGGCAGAUCUUACGCAUGGCCAGCCUAGCAGAGGGCGACCUCUACCGCAUCAACAGCAUGGUCAACCUAGGUACCUAUGUGGUGUUCCGGAUCAACACCCUGGCCUGGAUGACCCGCUGGCUGGUCCUGAACCGGGACAACAUCCCCCUGUUCAGCUACACAGCGGGGAGUGUAGGGCUAGCCAUUAUGACUGCCAUGAAUAUAGUGCUCUUCUACCGCCUGCUGAGGUCUGACUUCCUCAAGAGUAGUACACCCACGCCCACGGACUGUAAAGAGAGUAGAGGGCAAGGAGAGGGAAAGAAGGAGACGUAGGAAGGAAGGAAGGGAGGGAGAAGAGAUAAUGGCAGAGAUGGAUGAGAUGUCCUUGAGUAUUCGAGAGGGUGAGCAGGAUGUAUGAACACACGUACGUACACACACAGAGAGAUACAUAAGACAUCUUGUAGCGAAGCCGGGAGCGCGAGGAUGUCAGUCACAUACAAACACACACACAUAUAAAUACACACUUUGUGGCCAAUAGACCUUGUACCUUAUGCCUGUACUCUACCUAAGAGAUCUGACCAAAUACACUUCCCCAGCUCUUCUGUUUUGAGGUACAGGCAUUUACAAUUCACACACACAAGGUCCAUUGAAUGAUAGCCAAAAAGAAGUGACACAUCUAUGAAAUAAUGUGUGUGUAUAUAUGUGUACUGUGUGUGUGUGCAGGAUAAUGUGCUCUACUGUACCUUAGAAAGUUUGGGUUCUCACCCAAUCGGUCGUGUGUGUGUGUGUAUAUAGUCAAAAGUUUGGACACA